AUGCACCAAGGCCAUGACAUGAUGGAGAUACGAGAAAGCUCUGAAGGACCUCCUUCGGCCACGACCGUGAUGAAACGAAAGCGCCGAGCCAUCCGGGCAUGUAAAUCUUGCCGUGAAAGAAAAGUCCGGUGCGACCAGCAGCAUCAAGGCAUACCAUGUACAAACUGCAAGCUCGACUUGAAGCCCUGCGUUGUGCUUGAUCGCAAGGUCGCAACACAGCCCGUCAUCUCCUCGUCUCGGUGUGGAGUGCAGCGCGAAGCUAGUCGCCCAAUGCUUUACAAAUGCGCAGCGGGAGAUGGACCAAUUUAUUCAUAUGAAUCGCGGAGACAACUCGACAGUAACGACGGAAACAUGUCUUUAUCCCGGCAGCCAGCCUCCAAAUCUUGCAAUGCAUCCGAGAUGACGGGAAGCAAGCCAUUCAUGCUUGAUUCCGCAAUCCUAGAGGCACAGAAGUUCAACUGCAGCCCCAUACAUGCCAACGAUGCACCACAGGGGCCUCUAUAUAAGACGACUAGAUGGCAGACCGGUGGCGUACCAUCGUUCAUUGCACCCUUACCUAUCUAUCUUGAACCCGUCACCAUUGAAUUUCUUGCCAACAAAGGCGUGUUCGAAGUUCCGUCGAGGCCACUUGUAAGACAGUUUUUCUCGGCAUAUUGGGAUACUAUCCACCCAAUUUUCCCUGUCCUGCAUCCAGGUCGUGUGGCGUUGGCUUCAUCUCUUGCUGCAGUCCCGAAUAAUAAGGAAAUCCCCCGUCCCAGCUUGUUGGAGGUAUAUGCCGUCAUGAUGGCUGUUUGUCCUUUUGCGCCGGUGUCUCUUCUACAGAAGCUUGGACACAAUAACGCCCAAGAUGCUCAGCAGCUUUACUAUGAGCGCGCCAGGCAUCUCCUACAUUGCGAUGGCGAAUCUGAUCCUAUCAACCGUUUACAGGCCCUCUUACUUAUGACCCAAAGCACCGAGGUAAGAGAUGGUGCAAGAGAUUGCUGCUUCUGGUCUGGGACUGCGUUAGCCUAUGCCGAGUCCCUAGACCUCUUGAAAAUGUUGCGUGCUACAAAGGAUGCUGAACAUAAGGAAUUUUUGCACCGAUUAUGGUGUUGCUGCUUCGUCAGCGAGACAAUUUUCGCCUUCAGUCGGCGGCGGUCGCCAAAAAUGCGAAUGGAUCUCGAGUGUGAGCAUGUUUUGCGAUCACAAGAGUUCAACGACCAGAGAUUACCGGUCGCAAGAGUGGUCUCAUCCACAUGCAAUCCCGCCGAUGGUACGGCGCAUCCCAUGGAACCCUUUGGAAAUCUCGUGCGCCUGAUGUCUCAUAUCCAUUACAUGCUCUCAAUAAAGCACGCCCCGCCAUAUCUGUCAAGUCAUCGUGAUACCAUCGCACAUACGAGUGGGACGGACACUUCCAUGACUCUCACAAGUCCGGAACUGACGAAUUGUCGCAAUCAAUUGCAGAAGAGCGCAGGAAUCUUGUCUGAGAAGCUCAGGCAAUCACCAGAUGAGCAUUCCUCGUCGAACGCUGGACAACGUGCAGCAUCAGAGCGCCUUUUCUUGCGGAUGAUCAUGGCGGCUGCAGAUUGCGUGUUUUAUUUUGACUCAAGUUGCUCAUUGCGGUGCCGCCAUACAGCAAAUGACAGAGUGAGGUGCAGCAAGCUUAGGAAAAAGGCAUGCGAUGCUGCACAUCAAAGUUCUCAGCUAGCCAAAGAUGCCUUGGGUUCACAAUGUCCGGAUUUUAUGCCCGCUUGGAGCCUCCAAUUUCUCUUGCCUCCCGUGACGAUCUUAAUCCUUGAGGCCAAAUCAUUGGAUGGAGAGGCACGCGACCUAGCGAUCCAAAGAUUGAUAUCUUUGACGGGGCUUCUGCAAACGCUCGGAAAGAGAUUUAUGCCUGUGCAACGGGCCGUGACACUGUUAGAGGCUGCUAGCAAGAGUGCUGGCGGUCCUUUACAGACACCUGGAAUCCCUUCACCAGACCUCUUUCCAACACAUCUGCAGUCGCUUGGCCCGGGCACUGAAGACGGAAAGGAUUCAAGGCAAGGCAAGGCGACAGGCGGGGAACAACUUAGCCCCAACAAUUUAGAAUGGAUUCGAGCAGCCACUGUUUCAACACCACCUGCAGUGGCAGAAAGUCCAGCACGAAAGGCCGCAGGCCAGGACAUCGGCGGCCUCCCAUCGUGUUAUCUCUUCGAGGUCGAGGACCGCUAUGACGAGCAACCAAACGCCGCUGGUAACACGGUGUUCGGAAGUUGGUCGUCCCCUUCAUCGGCUGAUCCUUACUCUCAGCAGUGUGUCCAGCCGACCCUCAACGAAUUUACCGCAAUUGACGACAUCACAUCACCUUGGCUAGACGGAUGGGAAGACAUUUUGCAGAGCUAA